CGAUAACUCAAGAACAGCCCCUUAAUUUCUUGGCUUUCGGCCAAUUAUGCUUGUUUAAGGUACCCAUGAUCAGAUUCCUACAUUUAAACAGAUACUGCAUGCUCGUCUCUUUUCAGCGUCUUUCUUUUCCCUUCUUUUACACUUCUUGCAACCAACAGCAGCAAACCAAUCAUCAUGUAUCUUUUUUCCAGCGGACCAGCAAAUCCCGUUCGAUCCUUCAACCUGAGUGUGAUACCCAGUGGCCAAGACCGCGUUGUGGCUUUCGGCCCUGGAUCGGUGCUGAAUGGGUCCGUCGUACUCAACUUGGAUAAGCCCGUGAAAGCACACAGCAUCCGCGUGGCUUUCAAAUGCGAGCAAUUUGAUGAAUCAAGCAGCAAGACGACCAUUUUCAACGUAGAAACACAUGUUUGGGACCAUUCACAAUCAGCAGAAGGAGUCAAUGAGCUAUCUGAUGGCAGCCAUAUGUACUUGUUUGCCAUCAAAUUGCCAUUUGUCAACUUUCCACCCUCGAUCCAUGGAAGCUAUGUCAAUCAUCAUAUCGAAUACAGCUUGCAAGGUUUCUUGGAAUUGGAGGAUACGCCCGACUGCAUUGAAACUGCAUGUGUGCCAGUUAUUUACCUCCCAUUCGUCACGUGUAUGCCCAUGGAUGGCGACGUACCUAGAGCGGGCGCCAAGAAAAACCAGGUUUUCCGGCGCAACAAUGCGGUUGUUGAAGUGACAGCCGAGCUAAUCAAACCGGCUUAUUGCCCUGGCGAUUUAUGCACGGUCAAGCUUAUCACGACCAACCAGUCUGACUGUAAAAUUAGCCACAUGGACGUCUCACUCGUAUGCAACGUCAACGGACAACGACAUCAUACCCUGCAAACAGAAACAUUCUUUGUCGCAAUUCCAAAAGAGACAAAGGAUCAUCAAUCUGUGUUCCGCUUCAAUAUGCCGGAUGAUUUGGUGCCUUCCACGCAACAUCCCGGGUUGGAUAUCAACUAUGAUGUCGUCGUCACCAUGCCAAUCGGCGGUUCCGCUGGAACACUCGUGGGCGCCGAUCCUACUGCAUCAUCUGCCGGUGAUGCUGCUAAUGCCAAUAACACUUCCACCGGCGGCAAUAGCGUAUGGAACUUAUUUGGCGCAGCUGCGUCUCAUCCAUUCAACAACACGGUUGCAUUGCCAGUUUUGAUUGCUACCGUGCCUAACGGCUUUGCAAUUCCGCCACAAUUGAGUAAGCCGCUCAAGACAUACAACGAGCAACCCGAAGAUCCAUCGUUCAUCCCCAAUAUCGAAUCGCCGUUACCAAGUCCUUCAGCGGCCAUGUUUUCGCCCGUCGGCAGCUGGGCUGGUAGUCCUGCAGCUUUGUCGCCAUCCAACUCGCUUCAGGAUCCAGAGUUUGAGUUGGCUAUGCAGCAAGACGCUUCUGGUCAUUUGAUGGUUCCGUCCUCUCCUCGUCUAGAUAGCUCACGAUCAAACGACCGACGCAAAUCCACUGGAUCUGAGCACUCGGGUUUGGGUGUGACGGUUACAGUCCAGUAACGAAAAAGAGAGAAGCGGUUGCAUGCAUACAACAUACACACAUUUUACAGUACACACACGUAUAUAUAACAUAGGUUUCUUCUUUUCUUUUACUACAUACAAUGCUAUAUCUUUUUGUUUUUUACCACUUGUUGUUGUUGUUGCUGUUGUCCCCUACUUUGCCAAGGUUAUAAUUUCCUUCUGUCAAUCCUACCUAC